UGACCCUCUAGUCAUGACUAAGUGGAUGGCAUAACCCUUGGGGCAUAGGGCCUAUUUACUAAUGUUGCAUAUAGGAUGGAAAUGUAGUAAUAAAGUUGAAGUUGUGGUGGGGACAAGCUGCCAGGUGGUAAGGAAAAAUAAAGGGCAUUAGAAAGAUACAGGGGAAACCAAAAUGAAUACGGGAAAAUAAAAUUUUUCUGAUAGAGAAUUCCACUUACCUCUUUCAACCCAAAAAAAAAAAAAAUAGAUUUUAUAGUAACUUACUCUUCUCUUUACUCUUCAAUGGCGAAUGGAAAAAAAAUUCUGAGGGCAUUGAAAUACCUUCCAUACUAGUAGUUGAAUAUACACCAUAAAAUUUCGUAAUUGUGACAUUGGUAAUACUACAUUAACUACAUUGAGGAUGAAAAUGAGGUUAGAUGACAUUCUAGGCAUCGAGUUAGCUGAAGCACUAGGUGACGACGGAGAAGAAGGGCAUGGUUGCGCUAAGGAGUUGCGAUUCGAUUGUGAGAAUGCUGGUUUUAAUGAUGUUAAUGGGAAUGACGGUGAGAAUGAUAUAUAUGUAUAUGAGGAGGAAACUGGUAUAGGAGAGGAUGUGAAUGGAAAUGUAGAAGGGGAAGAAGAGGAGGGAUCAGAAGAGGAGGGUCAGAAGGCGAUGCAGAAGAAUACGGAUUAGAAUUUGAGGGAUUAGAAAUUGGACCAAAAGAUGAUGUUGUUAGGGAUGAAGUUGGGGGGGGGGGGUUCCUUUAUGAAGACCCCAAAGAAGAGGGUUAUGGUUAGCACUGUUUUUGGCGAGGAAGAGGAAGUACCACCCCCUGCUGUGGGCAUGGUUUUUGGUAGUUGGGAUGAGCUUGAUAGUUAUUUUUGGAGGUUUGAUAGGCAGAAAGAAUUUGGUAUUGUUCGGGCAGCGUCUGGAUGGAUAAAGAUGAAGAAAGAUAUGGGAGAUGGGAAGUGUUGUAAAGAGAAGAGGAAUGCGAAGUGGACUUGUGAGUGCUAUGGAAGACCAUCUAGGAACCGUAAAGUAGAUGCUCUCAGGGAAGGUUUGGAGCAAGAUGGGGACACACUUGUGAAAAGGAAAACCAAAAAGUGCAAAUGUCUUGUAGAGUUGUAUGCUAGUGUUAACGAAGAAGGGAAUUGGGUGGUUCGGAAGCUGAAGUUGGAACAUGAUGGUCACAUUGUCACACCAAGAAAGUUCAAGGAUGUGUCGAUGUAUCGCAAGCAUGAGUUGAUGGUUAAAUAUAAACACUUGGUUAAUCAGACAUGUGUUGCAAGGAAGUCUAGGGUGAAGGUAUCCCAAAUUUAUAGUUAUUUUGCUUGACAAUGUAACGGAAUUCAGGAGCUUGCAUUUACCAAGAAAGGUUUGGAGAAUGCAGUUUCUCAGCAUAAGAAGUUGGAGUUCACAGAGGGUACGGUGAUGCAAAUGGUAUGAUUGAAUACUUUAACAAAAUGAGUGCAGAUAAUCAGAACUUUUUCCACCUUUGUAGGUUUGGGAAGGAUGGUGCAUCACAGGAUAUUUUGUGAGUAGAUGCUAGGAGUAGAGUUGCCUAUGAGGAGUUCGGAGAUGUUGUUUAUUUCGACAAUACGUACCUAACAAACAAAUUUCACCUCCCCUUUGUUGUAUUUAUUGGGAUCAACCAUCAUGGCCAGAGUAUAUUGCUUGGAUGUGCAUUGAUCUCUCGGGAGACUGUUGAGACUUACGAGUGGGUGAUGAGGACAUGGCUGCAUUGUAUUGGGGGGGGGGUAAAGCUCUUAUAUCGAUUAUUACCGAUCAAGAUCCUGUGAUUAGGAAAGCUGUGUAUGUGACUAUGCGUGAAACAUGCCACACAUGUGGUGUAUUCGGCACAUUCUUCAGAAGUUCGACAAGUACCUUGGUAAGCUCGAGUUGUAAGAUGCUAUAAAAAAUGAAUUGGAAUAUAUCAUAUAUGGUUCCUUAGAUGUAGAGGAAUUUGAUGCUCGGUGUUUAGAAACUAUAAAGUUUUAUAAUCUGCAAGACAAUACUUGGCUUACAGGUUUGGUUACAGCACCUUCUAAUGUACUGAAAUCCAA